UCACACAGGACAGAGCCCAGGAGAGAGAAAAGAGGUCCCAGAUGUGCUCUGAGAACAGAGGAGGCCGUCACCUCCCUUGAGCUGCAGCCAAGUCCCACAGAACAGGCCCAUCCCCGCCCCCUUUCUUAGAUGGAAAAACCAGGCCCCAGAAAGGGUGAGCAGCUGGCCUGAGGACACACAGCGGCCCCGCCGCAGGCCGAUCCGGGAGGUGGCGGCUUCGUUCGGCACGGGGCAGACAUCGCCAUGCCCCUCCUGAUACACCUGCUGGUCUGCACCUUCGGGCUGGGCUCCUGGGUGGCCAUCAACGGGCUCUGGGUCGAGCUGCCCCUGCUGGUGACGGAGCUGCCCGAGGGGUGGUAUCUCCCCUCCUACCUCACGGUGAUCAUCCAGCUGGCCAACAUCGGCCCCCUCCUGGUCACCCUGCUCCAUCACUUCCAGCCUGGCUGCCUCUCGGAGGUGCCCGUCAUCUUUACCGUGCUGGGCGUGGGCACCGUCACCUGUACCCUCUUCGCCUUCCUCUGGAAUGUCACUCCCUGGGUGCUGGACGGCCCCCACAGCAUCGCCUUCAUGGUCCUCACCUUCUUCCUGGCCCUGGUGGACUGCACCUCGUCGGUCACCUUCCUGCCCUUCAUGAGCCGGCUGCCCGCCCACUACCUCACCACCUUCUUCGUGGGCGAAGGGCUCAGCGGCCUCCUGCCUGCGCUGGUGGCUCUUGCCCAGGGCUCGGGUCUCACUACCUGUGUCAAUGUCACUAAGCCGUUAGAAACCACCCCAAGCGCCGAGACCACCAGGAAGACUGUCUUCCCCCAGGGAGCUAACAGCACUUCUGCGUCUGACCUUGCCGGGACGGCACAUUCCGCGGUCCAUCUGGAAAGUCGCCACCUGCCGGCCAACUUCUCGCCUUUGGUCUUCUUCCUCCUCCUCUCCUUCAUGAUGGCCUGCUGCCUGGCCGCUUUCUUUGUCCUCCAGCGGCAGCCCAGACCCAGGGAAUCUUCCAUAGAAGACCUCCUCACCUCCCAGGUCACCCUCCACUCCAUCCGGCCACGGGAAGGGGAGGACCUGGGCCCCCCAGGGCCAAGGGACAACAGCAAGGCCCAGGGGCAUCCAGAGGAGAAAACGGCCCCCCACCACCCAGCCCACCUGACCUUCAUCUACAUCCUGGUGGCCUUUGUAAACGCGCUCACCAACGGCGUGCUGCCCUCCGUGCAGACCUACUCCUGCCUGUCCUACGGCCCCAUUGCCUACCACCUGUCUGCCACCCUCAGCUCCAUGGCCAACCCUCUUGCCUGCUUCCUCUCCAUGUUCCUGCCUCACAGGUCUCUGCCAUUCCUGGGCGUCCUCACAGUGCUCGGGACUGGCUUCGGGGCCUACAACAUGGCCAUGGCCGUGAUGAGCCCCUGCCCCCUCAUGCAGGGCCACUGGGGUGGAGAAGUCCUCAUUGUGGCCUCCUGGGUGCUGUUCAUCGGCUGCCUGAGCUACGUCAAGGUGAUGCUGGGCGUGAUCCUGCGUGACCGCAGCCGCAGCGCCCUCUUGUGGUGUGGGGCGGCGGUGCAGCUGGGCUCCCUCCUCGGGGCUGUGCUCAUGUUCCCGCUGGUCAACGUGUUCAGGCUCUUCUCGUCCGCCGACUUCUGCAGCCUGCAGUGCCCCACCUAGGACUCCUGGCGCGGUCCGUUACAUGACCCUGACCCGCUCCCGUUACUAACACUGGAAACCUGGGCAAGGCACGCAGCCCAGGCCACAGGGCAAGUGGCGGGGAGCCGGGGGGCAGAGCCCGAGUCCCUACACAUCCACGCAGACUCCGCUCCGGAGCGGGGGAGAAAGCCACGGGCCUCCCACGGGGCCUGGAAAGGCAAAGCACAGCCCUGCCCCCAAUGCUGGGUCGCGGUGCCUGCAGUUCCGUUUCAGAACUCCCGCGGGCUCUUGAGCGACGGCGGAUUUGCAGCACCCGGCCGGAGGCAGGCUCAGGGGUGUCCGAAGGGGAACCGCAGAGAGGGCGAGCCAGCCCUCACAAGCGGUGUGACGUCACUUAUUUCUCUGUGCCUCAGUUUCCUAAAAUGGGGACCAUGAUAAAUAGCACCUACCUCACAGGCGGAGCACAGGGAUAAAGGGAAGAAGCGCCCAGCAUUGGCCAUUUCCUGACCUGACGCCCAAGGGAAGUUAAGUGCACAUCAACACAACGGAGAAGUGGCCAGGAGGGUUGAGAGACGACCCCUGCCCGGUGUCCUUUUCCCUAUUAUUCUCACAGAGGAGCUUGUAAAAGGACCCCUGGCUAAUGGUGGGAUCUUGGGGCAUCUUGACUCCCCAGUUCCCAAUGUGGAUGGACACUGUGCCCCACAUACCCUUCCUGUCACCGCUCCUGACUCAAGAAGUCCGGCUUCUUGGAAAGCAAGUGACCUUCUAGGAGGCAGAGACAUGGGGGGGUGGGGGCUAUGCCAAACCUCUCAAGUGAGUCCCCUCCCCUCCCCCAGCCACCAAGGCUGAGAACUGGACCCGAGAACCCUGG